AUGUGGACAUCACCAUCCAACCUUGAUACAAUACCACUGAAUAACAAAUUUUAUCGAGGCACCACAUUCAGGCGAAUCAUUUUAAAAAAAUCCAAUCGUACCUCUUCUCUCUCACACGCACCAAUGGUCAAAUUCGCAACUCUCCAAAAUCAAACCCGUGAUGGUAGACUUGUCAUGGUCAAUCGAGAAGGUACCCACUUUGAAUAUGUUCCGCAAGAGAUUUGUACCACCUUGCAACAAUUAAUGGACUCGUGGGAUGAUUUGUAUCCUCGCAUUGAAAAAUUAUAUUCUGAAUUGGAUUUCAAACAACAACAUGAAAUUACGAGCAAGACUCAAUUUAUGGCACCUCUUCCUCGUGCCUAUGAAUGGAUUGAUGGAAGUGCCUAUAUCAAUCAUAUUGUAUUGGUCCGAAAGGCUCGUAAUGCUCCUCUUCCAGAAACUCUCCGCACAGAUCCAUUAGUCUAUCAAGGUGGUAGUGGUACCUUCUUGGGUCCAAACUCUCCCAUUGAACACUUUUCCGAAGAUUAUGGUAUUGAUUUUGAAGGUGAAGUAGCAGUCAUUACUGGUGAUGUUCCAAUGGGUACUACCAAAGAAGAAGCACACAAAUACAUCAAAUUAGUCAUGAUUUGUAAUGAUGUUUCAUUGAGAAAUCUCAUUCCAAAAGAAUUGGAGAAACAAUUUGGAUUUUUUGUGAGUAAGCCUUCCACUUCCUUCUCUCCUUUUGCAGUUACAUUGGAUGAAUUACAACAAUCAGAUUUAUGGAAAGAUGGUCGUUGUCAUGGUGAUUUAAUUUCUCAUUUGAAUGGAAAAUUAUUUGGAAAUCCAAAUGCAGGACCAGAAAUGUUCUUUUCCUUUUAUGAUUUAAUUCAACAUGUGACUCAAACACGUGCUCUUACUGCUGGUACUAUUAUUGGAUCAGGUACAGUGAGUAAUGAAGAUCAAUCUCGUGGAUCAUCAUGUAUUGCAGAGAAGAGAAUGAUUGAAAAAAUUGAAACUGGUGAAUUUAAAACACCAUUCAUGAAAUUUGGAGAUGAAAUUGAAUUGGAAAUGUUUGACAAACAAGGAAUCUCUAUUUUUGGUAAAAUUAAACAACAAGUCGUCAAGAAGAAUAAAUAG